UACACCUAUAACUAUAGAAGUUGAUCGACAAAUGUAUACAUAAUGCACAAACCUCAGUUGAAGACAAGACACCCAACGCUGAACAUUCUUCUCAAACAAAUUUGGAACCCCUACAGGGUCUUUUCCAGAAAAUUACCGAUACCGUCUCCUCCUUCCUCCCUUUUGCGCUAGCGUCCAGACCGUCACCACCUCCACACCGCCGCUCCAGCUCCCUUCCCUACCCCGCUACACGGUCGCUCACCACCCACCACCGCUGCCAUGCUCCUGGCCUCGUCUCCAGCUCGCGAAACGUAGCUUCCAGAUCCUCUCCCUCCAUCCACCGCACCGCAUUACCCUGAGAUCCACCCCGCGAGCUCAUUUCAGAUCCGCCCAUGCGCCUCCCGGUCCUUUUCGCCCUCCAGCUGGUCGCCGUGGCGGCGGCAGCAUCGGUGGCCGAGGCCGCGGCGACGCUCUCUUCGAGGAUGGUGCACCGUCUGUCCGACGAGGCCCGGCUGGAGGCGGGCCCGCGUGCGGGGUGGUGGCCGCAGCGCGGAAGUGGGGAGUACUACCGCGCGCUGGUGAGGAGCGAUCUCCAGCGGCAGAAGCGGCGGCUCGCGGGCAAGUACCAGCUUCUCUCGCUCUCAAAGGGCGGCAGCACCUUCUCCCCCGGCAACGACUUAGGCUGGUUAUAUUACGCUUGGGUGGAUGUUGGGACGCCUACUACCUCCUUUUUGGUUGCAUUGGAUACUGGAAGUGACCUGUUCUGGGUACCCUGUGACUGUAUCGAGUGUGCCCCUUUGGCUGGCUACCGUGGAAAUCUGGUGCUCCGUCAUAAAUGGAGCAUCUAUUAUGCAGGAUAGAGAUCUAGGAAUAUACAAGCCUGCUGAAUCAACAACAAGUCGGCAUCUUCCUUGCAGCCAUGAGCUAUGCAAAUCAGGUUCAGGCUGCACAAGCCCAAAGCAGCCUUGCCCAUACAGCAUUGAAUACUUUUCAGAAAAUACCACCAGCUCUGGUUUGCUAAUUGAGGAUACGCUACACUUGAACUCCAGGGAGGGCCAUGUACCAGUGAACGCUUCAGUUAUUAUUGGCUGUGGUCGAAAGCAAAGCGGUGACUAUCUAGAUGGUAUUGCACCGGAUGGACUCCUUGGCCUUGGAAUGGCAGAUAUUUCAGUUCCUAGUUUCCUUGCAAGAGCUGGACUAGUUCGGAAUUCCUUCUCGAUGUGCUUUAAGGAAGAUAGUUCUGGGAGAAUUUUCUUUGGAGAUCAAGGAGUGUCCUCUCAACAGUCUACACCGUUUGUUCCUCUGUAUGGCAAACUUCAAACUUAUGCUGUUAAUGUCGACAAGUCUUGUAUUGGACAUAAAUGUCUUGAGGGUACUAGCUUCCAGGCCUUAGUCGAUAGUGGAACAUCAUUUACUUCUCUUCCUCCAGACGUUUACAAGGCUUUCACAAUGGAGUUUGACAAACAAAUGAAUGCUUCAAAGGUGCCUUAUGAAGACAGUACUUGGAAAUAUUGCUACAGUGCUAGUCCUCUUGAGAUGCCUGAUGUGCCAACCAUAACCCUGGCAUUUGCUGCAAACAAGAGCUUCCAGGCUGUUAAUCCUAUCUUGCCAUUUAAUGACAAACAGGGAGCACUUGCCGGGUUCUGCUUAGCUGUGCUGCCAUCAACAGAACCUAUUGGAAUUAUUGCCCAGAAUUUCUUGGUUGGAUACCAUGUUGUCUUCGACAGAGAAAGCAUGGAGCUGGGCUGGUACCGCUCUGAAUGCCGCGACGUUGACAACAGCACGACGGUGCCAUUGGGCCCAUCGCAGCGCGACAGUCCAGAGGACCCGUUGCCGUCGAACGAGCAGCAGACUUCCCCGGCCGUGACGCCUGCAACGGCAGGCACGGCUCCGCUCUCCAGUGCGACGACGAAUCUACAGAUGCUCCUAGCUAGCUCUUACUCAUUGCUGUUACUGACAAUGUCCACUGUGUUCUUCAUCUCAUGAACAACUGAUAGUAUUACUAAUCGAUAGCCCUGUAUAUUGUAUGUGCUUUAUAUAUGGUGUUUUCUGUU